AACGACGAUCUGGUGUUCGACCAGGAUGGCAAGCAGUCGUUUGGCGAAGCUCCUCUGAUAGAAACGCGCCAGCACGACUCCUUCUUUCAUAGGAUAAAGAGGGAAAUCUAUGAUUUUUUUAGCUCAGCUAAAUCGGAAACCGAGUACGCUACUACCCAGGCUUCAGAAUCUGCGGACGACAACGCUGACAAUGAGCUGAACAACGCUCCCCCAAUUGAGCCAGAUGGGGAAAAAGAGCCUCAAGCGUCUGGUGUAAAGGCUCCUGCAAAUUUAGAGAGAUUGGCCCGCAAUAGUGCGGAGGAAUACGACGAAGCUGACGAGAACAACGAGGUUGGAAACGUUGCUGAGGCUCGAAGGGAUCCAGCGAAUUUCGUCAAUACAGAUGACGAAGAGCUGGCUGGAUCCGGUGAAAACGAAGGCAGUGCCUUCGACGCAGACAAAACAGCUCACUACGUACCUAGCAGAAGAGAAAGAAGCCAACGUCCGCCGACAGCUUCACGUCACAAGUUACUCUAGACAUCGGUUCGACGUUCGCGGACGAAUCCGAGGUGCAGCACAUCAUCGAGAAACAACUGGAGAUCCACUCGUUGGGCAACGUCCAACUACGUCCUGACGGAUUCUCCUUCAGAAUAUUCCAAGCUGAGGGAAAGAUUGACGAGCCCGAGUGCGAUCAGUCGACCGAGUUGAGGUGUAGAGAUGGCGAAUGCGUGCCGCUAGAGAGUCGCUGCGACGGUGUUUCGAACUGCAAGGAUGGUUCUGACGAAGAGGGUUGCCCCGAAACGACAACGCACGUCGAGGCGGUCACAGAAGUGCACGAAGAAUUGCAAGGACCUGACAGGAAUCUGGUAACAUCGACGGAUCUUCACGUCGCGAAAGAAAGCGACAUAAGAACGUCGAGCAAGUGUCGCGCCGACGACACGGUCCGUUGUAGCGAUGGAAGUCGUUACAUCUGCUCUGUGCAGCAGUGUGACGGCGUGAAGGACUGUGACGACGGCGAUGACGAGAACGGUUGCCCCCAUCCAGGCUGCAGUCCGGGAGAAUUUGCCUGCGACGUGUCCAGAUGCAUUCUGGAGUCUCAGAGGUGCAAUUUCGUCCAGGAGUGCGACGAUGGAAGCGACGAACAUGACUGCAACUAUCCUGGCAAGUCAAUUUUUAUCGAUCUUAUUGAUUAUUUUACUUCAAUUAUUAAUUUCUUAUCAUUAUUUCCACCAUUGUUCUUUUUUUCAUUUCACAAAGUUUAUUCCGCAAUCAAAGAGUUCCACUUGUUAUCCGAUAACAGGGUAGAAAUCAAUCUUAUCUUCUUACCGACCGUACGACUAACCAUCAGAGACUUAGUUACCGACUAA